GGGGGCUCGAGGGCUCAGAUUAAUGACGACAUGAGUGAAGUUCGUCGCUGAUUUUCAGCUGUUUUGAAUGAAGUGAUCAGGAGUGCUGAUCAUGUGACUUGACAACGCCCUGCCGUCGACCAAUGAGAAACAAUUCAGAGCCAAUAAAAGCGGCUGAUUGCAGUUCAUCAGUCUCUUUGCGGCCGAGCAGCAGAUCUUGCCUGACACUCAGACCAUCUACCAUUCGAAGAAAAACUCCAGCUAGCUAAACAUCAUCAUGUCUACCAACUUCGCCGGAAAGUGGACCUCUUGCAAGUCCGAGGGCUGGGACAAGCUCCUGAGCCAGUUUGGCGUGCCCCUGGACAAGAUCCCGGCCGACAUCAAGGUGACGGAGGAAAUCACCCAGACCGGUGACAAGGUCGUCAUCAAGACCACCAACAACAAGGACGACAAGGUCAAGGAGGUGACCAUCAACGUGGGCAGCAAUUUCAAGGAUACGGUGGCGUCCGGCGUGGAGUUGGAGUUCACCACGGCAUGGGAAGGGGGCAAGCUUGUCUUGACGCGCACCGAUGGCAAGGGAUCGGCGGUCCGUGAGAUGGACGGCGCUCACAUGAAGCUUACCAUAAACCACGAGGGCACCACCGCUAUAACCACCUAUGCUAAGGCCUAGGCUACGAAUCCACAUGCAGAUCCAACGGCCAGGCAAAUAGUGGGAUGUCUUAAUAUUUCCAACGUAUCUCAUGCAGCCUUGUAAAAUAAAAUGAGUGCACUAUAUCCCUUUUGGUAUUUCAUCGUGUAUUCUUUCUUUCUUUUUUUACUCUGAUCGGCUGUAACUAUCUCAUUCUCAACGUAAACCUGCCUGGCCAGAAGAUCAGUGGGAUUAAUUUGUAGUGUAAGUUUGUCAUUUCAUAGCAUGUUGGCUUAUAGUGAUGCUUGAAUUGGAAGUAGGUUUAGUUCAUUGUCAUUUAAAAUAUAUUCGAGAGCAAUAUUUGGAACCAUUCCAGUUUUCAUUCUUUUUUAUCCAAGCUAUUUUGUGAUUGUAAAGAGAAACAGUUUGGCUGGAUGACCUACAUGUCACAAGUAGAAAAAAAUGUCCAUGCCAUGUGGAUAAACAGAUGUCACCCUUCGACCACUAUAACAUUCGGUACUCUAUGGGACAUUACUAAGACGACAGCAAAGUAUCGAGACUGUUACAGCAGAACGACUGUUCCCUCCCUUCAACAAACCAGUGACAACUACUUGCUUUUAGAUUAUCAGUAUGCCAAAUCAUUUUGACAUCACAGGUGGAUUAGGGCUUUAAACACUCUUAAUUGUGUAUUAUCAGUUUAUGCAAAUUUCAUUAACGUGGUUUGGAAUGGUGGAGAAUAGCCUCGUGGUGCCUGAAAUAGCAAUAAAUUGAACCCCACACAUUAGUACAUGCCCAUUGCCUCUGAGCCGCUCUUCCAUUCUACGUCACUGGAUAGAUUUAGCAAUUUCCCAUUAAAAAAAAUCACUUUGCUUUUUUACAUUUUUUUUCAGUCCUAUAAAGCGCCGAAAGCCUAAUGAAUAUAUUGACUUUUUUAAUGGAUGGAAUAAAGUGUGCAAUAAGAGCAAAAUAA